AUGGCAGCCGCCAAAGGUCUAAAGCAGAUCCUCGCCAAACAGCCCAAUGACGUUGUCAUCCUCUCCUCUCUACGUACUCCUGUCACUCGAGCUGUCAAAGGCGGCUUCCGAGAUGCUUACGAUCAUGAACUCCUCUCACACGUCCUGCGCGCGACCCUCGCCGCGAACCCGAACCUCGACCCCGCAAAAAUCGACGAUGUUGCGGUAGGUGUGGUCCUCGCUGAAUUGGGUGGCUCAAAAGCCGCUCGGAUGGCACAGCUACACGCCGGAUACCAUGAGCGAACGGCCUUGCACACGGUGAACCGGGCUUGCAGCUCAGGUCUCGCCGCCGUCACAAGCAUUGGCAACAUGAUUGCAACGGGACAGAUUGACGUCGGCAUUGGCGCAGGCAUGGAAAGUAUGACAAAGAAUUACGGGAGCAAGGCGAUUCCCACUAUGCUUUGGGACGAACUCAGGAACAGCCCCAUCGACAACGCACGGGACUGCAUUAUGCCCAUGGGUCUCACCAGCGAAAAUGUGGCAAAGAGGUAUGGGGUUAAUCGACAAGAUCAAGAUGCCUUUGCUGCCGAGUCACACCGAAGGGCUUCCAAGGCACAGAAAUCAGGUCUGUUCGACUCGGAAAUUGUUCCUGUCAAGGUCAGGCAAUAUGCACCAGAGCACCCUGAUGCGCCUCCCAAUGAAGUCGUGGUCGACAAAGAUGAUGGCAUCCGACAUGAUGCUAGCGUCGAGAAGAUGGCCAAGUUAAAGCCCGCAUUUUCACAAGAUGGAUCUUCCACAGCGGGUAACUCUAGCCAGAUUUCGGACGGAGCUGCUGCAACGUUACUCAUGCGCCGGUCAACAGCCAAUGAGCUCGGCCUCACUAAGAGCAUCAUUGGGAAGUGGGCAGGCACCCAGGUCGCCGGCUGCAGACCGGAUGAGAUGGGUGUCGGACCCGCUGUGGUCAUUCCGAAACUACUCGACUAUACGGGCCUGAAGAAAGAAGACGUCACUAUCUGGGAAAUCAAUGAAGCUUUUGCAAGCCAAGCUCUAUAUUGCAUUCGCAAGUUGGGAUUGGAUAUCGAAACGGUCAACCCAAGAGGUGGAGCGAUUGCUCUGGGUCACCCAUUGGGUAUGACUGGGACGAGACAGCUCGCAACUCUGAUGCCUCAAUUGCAGGAGGGGCAAGUCGGUGUCGUGAGCAUGUGUAUCGGUACGGGUAUGGGCAUGGCAGGCCUCUUUGUCAGGGAGUAA